UUCUCUCUGCUUGCUUUAGUUCGUUUCCUUCCGCCAUUUUGUUUUUGGGCUCACACGCCGACUGAAAUACGUCUCGCUUGUAAAAAGUGCUAUCGCAAAUUAAAUUAUUGUGUGCAAUUGUUAGUGCUUCAUAAAGAUUGUAGUUCUGUAAAUCGCACUCGUGAAUAAUGGGUAGAGGAAGAGACCGCAGUCGUGAUAGGCGUCGUAGUCGGAGCAGGAGUAGGAGUCGAAGUCGUAGUCGAAGUCCCCGUUAUGGUCUCGGAUCCGGCGGCGGAGGCGGUGGUGGCGGUGGUUACGGCGGCGGCGGCGGUGGACGCAGAAAUAAUCCCGGUGCAAAUCUUCGUAAGCCAAAGUGGGACCUUAGCAGACUCAAGCCUUUCAAAAAAGAUUUCUAUGUUCCACAUCCUGAUGUUGAAAGUAGAUCUGAAUCGGAGGUUGAAGCCUGGAGAAGUGAUAAUAAUAUAACGCUAAAAGGACGUAAUAUACCAAAACCAACGCUAACCUUCGACGAGGCAGGUUUCCCUGAUUAUGUUAUGGAUGAAAUUGAUAAAAUGGGGUUUGCGAAGCCCACUCCUAUUCAAGCUCAAGGUUGGCCAAUAGCUCUCGGUGGACAUGAUAUGGUUGGAAUAGCCUCUACUGGCUCUGGUAAAACUCUUUCAUAUAUUUUACCUGCCAUUGUCCAUAUUAACAACCAGCCUAAAUCCAGUAGAGGAGAUGGGCCUAUUGCAUUGGUGCUAGCUCCGACCAGAGAAUUGGCUCAACAGAUUCAAGAGGUUUGUGAUAAAUUUGCGAACACAUCUAAGAUUCAUAAUACUUGUCUAUUUGGUGGAGCUCCUAAAGGACCCCAGGCUCGGGAUCUGGAUGCCGGUGUAGAGAUAGUCAUAGCGACACCUGGAAGAUUGCUAGACUUCCUAGAGAGUGGAAGAACUAAUCUGAAGAGAUGCACUUACUUAGUGCUUGAUGAAGCUGACAGAAUGUUGGACAUGGGAUUUGAACCACAGAUUAGAAAAAUUAUUGAACAAAUCAGACCAGACAGACAAACCCUUAUGUGGUCUGCUACUUGGCCAAGAGAAGUUCAAAGUCUUGCUUCAGAAUUUUUGAAAGAUUAUCUUCAAAUUAAUGUUGGUUCCCUCCAGUUAGCAGCUAACCAUAACAUUUUACAAAUUAUUGAUGUUUGUAUGGAAUAUGAAAAGGAAACAAAGUUAAGCACACUUUUGAAGGAAAUUAUGGCUGAAAAAGAAAACAAGACAAUAAUUUUCAUUGAAACCAAACGCCGUGUUGAUGAUAUUACCCGAAAAAUGAAGAGAGAUGGAUGGCCUGCAGUGUGUAUUCAUGGAGACAAAUCUCAGAAUGAACGUGAUUGGGUGUUGCAAGAUUUUCGAUCUGGAAAAGCUCCUAUUCUUGUAGCUACAGACGUUGCUGCUAGAGGUUUAGAUGUGGAUGAUGUCAAGUUUGUCAUAAAUUUUGACUAUCCCAGCAAUUCGGAGGAUUACGUACAUCGGAUUGGAAGAACUGGAAGAACAAACAAAACUGGAACAGCCUACACGUUCUUCACUCCCGCCAAUGCCGCAAAAGCUGGCGAUCUCGUUGCCGUCUUGAAAGAAGCCAAACAAGUUGUCAACCCCAAGUUGCAGGAACUGGCAGAACGAGGUGGUGGCGGUGGCAGGCGUCAUCGUGGUCGCGGUGGAAGGUAUCGUCGUGGUCGGCGGUCCAGGUCGCGGUCCCGCUCGCGUCGCCGCCGCAGCCGCACGCGCUCUCGCUCGCGCUCCAGAGAUCGCCGCCGGCGCCGCCGCAGCUCCACGCGCUCGUCGAGGAGCAAGUCAUCCAGAUCGUCGAGAAGUCGUUCCCAUUCGCGUAGCCGAUCUCGUUCAGGCAAGUGCAGCCCGCAGAGGACCGCUACGGAUUCCGGGCAAUCUGCCCCCCAGGGCUUGUUGCCCACGCCGAAGCCGCUUCUACCCACCCCCAUCGGCCCGCAACUACCCUCUGGAAAUUCAGACAAAUUGAACGGCAAAGGUCCCUCCACUCCACCUCAUAGAAACGACUUACAUUCCAACAAAAAUGAAAUUACAAAUAAUGCAAUGAAUUUCACUCAGCAAAAGCCUCCCGAUCCGAUCCCGCCUUUGAUGGCUCUAAAUCCACAAAUGAAUAUGUGCGUCCCUCCCCCUAUGAAUGGGCAACCCUUCGUGAUGUCACCGUUUUUUCCCGCCGAUCAGUACGGCAUGAUGGUGCCGGCGUUCCCCCCCGGGGCGAUGAUGUCCGGCGGCGGCUGGGCGCGCGGCCCCGUGGCGCCGCCCCCGCCGCCGCCGCCGCCGCCCCCCGCCGACGUGGCGCACAAUAACGGGCCUCACAGCUUUGCUCGGGGCUCGGGAGAGGGUGGCCUCGAGUCAGAUUCCAGGAAGAGAGCGCCGCGCUCCGGCGGGCUCGGCGGUACGGCCUCCGCUGGCCUCGGCUCCGGGGGCCUCGGCAGCGGUCUCGGCUAUGACGGAGGUCUCGGGUCUGGCAGGGGCCUCGGCUCCGAAGGUGGCCUCGGCUCCGGCGGCGGCCUCGGCUCCGACGGAGGCCUCGGCUCCGACGGAGGCCUCGGCUCUGGCGGAAGCCGUGGCUUCGAUGGCGGAUCGCGCUCGAAAGGUCGAGACCGACGUCGUCGCGGAAGAGGACGGAAUUAUGACGACGACCCCGACGAGGGCACGGGUGGCCUCGGGUCCGCUGGACUCGGUGGCUCCGGCCCCGACGGUGGCUUGGCUGCCGCCCCUGGCUACGGUUUCCCCUCUGGCGGUCUCGGAGUGCCCCAUGGGGGCCCCGUGCCGCGCAUGCUCCCCCAGAAUACAGGAGAAGUCGUGCAAGGGCCUAAUAUUACGGCUUUUGGUUCGUAUGGGCCCAAAAACAAAAGAGGCAAUGAGCAAGGAAAUGAAACUUUUGGAGGUCCUGGAUACCCAAAUGGGCUACAGUGUAACGGCAUGCCGAACAUGGGUUUUGGCAGGCCUUUUGGACCCGGUAUGGUACAGGAUCAAAGCAAUGCGCUGGCAAAUGGCUCCAUGGGGUACCAAGCUGACCGCCAGAGGAAUCGCCAACGACGGUGAACUUGAGAAAACGGGUACAAUGGGGACUCGCGGCGACGCAGGAGGCGAUAAGAAGUUGGCGGUAUGACCGCAACCCUCGGAACCAGAGUCGAGUGUGCCGCCCGUUGACGACUAGCUAGGUACACUAUAGGUACAUAAGAAUAUUAGCGUGUCUAUAGAUUUCCAUUCCAUACAAGUAUUUACUAGAAAGUUAUAAUUAAAAUUAACGUUCUUUUUCUGACCUACAAUUAUUAAAAUAUUUGUACUACUCUUGAGUCACCUAUCUAGCUGUAUUCAGUAUUGUAAAUAUCAUUAAAUUAGUAACCCAGCGGUAAUUUAUCUUGACUUUGUCAUUUCGAAUAUACACUGGUGAAAACAUUAAUUAAUUAUUGAUAGAUAAGUUAAGAAUAUGUAAUGUAAUAAGUACAUAAGGGAUCAUGGGGGUGUAAUCAGGAUUUAAAUGUAACAGAAAACAGUGUAAAUGAAUGUCUCAAUUCAGAAUAGUGUAAAAGUUGAUUCUUUCAAGGUCAAUUAUUGGUUCGUUUAACUGGCAGGCUUUUCUUUGGCAUUCGUGAAUACAUAAAUGUAAUUCGCCCAGUAACGACAAGUCCCAAGGUCUUCAUAUUAAAUUAAAAUAAUGCAGAAAACCUGCCAGAGAAAUCGAUGAAUAAUUGACUUUGAGAGAAUCACUCAUAACAUUGAUUAUUUUAAGUGAAAGCCUGGUUGCGCCUCUAACCACCUAAUGGAGAAUGUUUUGUAUACAUGAAGAAAUUGAUGUCAUUCAUCUAUUAUUAUGCUUAAAAUAUAGAUUUUAGUGAAUGAUGGCAUUUUGUGAUUGAAAGAAGUUUCAUUUGCAAGUCUUAAGUACAUGUGUGUAAUGUAUAAAUUUUUAUAUUGGAGCUCUAAUUCACCUAUAUAGUAAACAAGUGUUUCUUACUUUUAUAAUCAACCCUGUAAUGUAGGUAACUUCUGUUUCAAUUUCUAGAGCCUGUUUGAACCAAACUGAUUAUAAUUUUGUCAUGAACUUUUAUAUAAAA